UGCAAUGUCGGGACAUUUAGAGGCGGCGGUUGAGGCUAGUUUGCUGCAGGCGGCCCAAGUGGCGGAACAGAAGAUUGACGAUGAGAUCAAAAGACUGGAGGAGAUGGACGACGAGGGCCUGGAGCAGAUCAGACAGAAGAGACUGGCCGGCAUGAAAAAGGAACAGGACGCCAAGUUUCACUUCAUGCGCAUGGGUCAUGGGACGUACAGGGAGCACACGGAGCACGAAUUUCUGAAGGGGGAGGGGAGUAAAAGCGACAACGUUGUGAUCCACUUUUACAGACCCACCACUGAGAGAUGUCAAAUAGUGGACCGCUAUUUGCACCAGUUGGCCCCCAAGUACUACGCGACUAGAUUUUGUAGAAUAGACGCGGAGAAGGCCAAGUUCCUCUGUGACAGACUAAAGAUCACAGUCAUUCCUUCCAUCGCAUGCUUCGUUAAGAAGCUGCAUAAGGAUACAAUAGUCGGGUUCGAUGACCUCGGAGGGAGAGAUGACUUCCCGAUUGAGGUGCUCGAAUGGCGACUGGGAUUGAGCAAAGUGAUAAAUUACACGGGCGACUGCCAAGGACCCAUCCAGAAGUCAGGCUACUCUGGAAUAUUCAUGCCAGUCAAGAAGGGAGGCAUCAGAGGCGGCGGAGGAGACUCCGAUGACGAUGAUGACUAAGCCUUUUUUUACAAGUGACCUCAAAAUGAAUGGCGAAGCCAAGUCGGGCAUGUUGAUGUUGUUGCCUUCAUUUUCCUAUUUUGGCUAUUUUCUUCCUUUCUCACCUCAUAAGUGAAACAAGUAUUCGUUUGAUAGUAUUGUUCAUUGUAACCUCUUACAGUUAGUUUGAUUACCUCAAAACCAAAGGAAAUUGAUUUUGAUAAAAUCAAUGGUUCAAUCAUGAUUUGUAGUUGGGAAAGGAAAAAGUGAGCACAUUUUUUCGAGCUGAAUCUGUAGAUGGUAUAUUGUACAUAGAAAUUCAUUAUCUCAUUUGUCCUGUUCUGUGGAAACCUCGUUUUUAUAUUUGUACGCCUUAUACAAUGACUGUAAGGUUCUAAAGUCGAAAAAAUGUAAUAUAGUUUUGCUUGCCCCUA